UACGUCACUGCUACAGUUGAUAUGAAAAGCUUAUAGUCAAUUAUUGUACUUGCUCUAAGUAUAGGCUUGCCUGUGAUUAGUAACCAAACUGGCCCUAUAUUUUUCAGUUGGAAGAACACAUAGUUGCUCACCGGUUUCAGUUGAAAAGAAGGGGAGAAAAUAAAAAGCUCACCGGCGGCUUCUCUCCUCUCGCCGGUCGACGGCGCGAUGCUGCGCGGAUUCCCUCAGGCCCGGAGGCUCCUCAGGAGGAUGGGGUUGGAGAAGGAAGACGCCUACUUCUGGAAGCAGAUGGGCAAGGGCAUGCUCUGCACCUACGCGCUCUUCGGCGCCGCCUGGCUCUGGAACGAGACCUCUCCCCUCGGCUGGUGGACGCUCAAGCCGCGCCCCAAGGAAGAAAGAGAAAUGGCCCACCUUUACGAGCGCAGGAUGUUUCCAUACCCAGGUGAUGAAGAGGCAGUUGAGGAGUUCAUAAAAAGUGGAGGUGCUCUAGGCACCACAAUUGGACCCAAAGGUUUUGCUGAUUCCAACAUGGACUCUGAUAACAUGCAGAAACAAUUGCAGUCAAAAAAGUUUGACCAAGAAGCACAGAAGCUCUGGUUUCGGAUGAGGAAUGAGGUCGUACAAGAACUCCAAGAGAAGGGAUUCGAUGUUGAAUGAAAUUUUACUUCUACAUAAACAGAAAUGGAGUAAAGCUGAAGUAUGUGCAAAUUGUUUCAGCUUGUUAGCCGUCUAGGAAAUUAGGAGCUUAGAAUGCACGCAAAAUGUUAAAACACCUACUUUGCAAUCUGGAGAUUUUUUUUUUUAAUUUGAGAAAGCAAUCUGGAGAAUCUAGAGAGUUUACUAUUCAACUUCAAUUUGGUCUUGUUGGGUCAUUGCAUUCCAUCAGUUACAGAUUUUGUACCUUAAAGAUAUGGUAUCAGUUACCAGUAUCUCCUCGCGUUUCAGUUUUGAAGAUCA